UCUGUGCCUGGAUGUGCCCUGCCUUGUAUGUAGCCAAACGAUAUAUGGAGGGCGGUGAUGAACGGCGUAUGAGCAAAUGUUGCUGCGCACAGCAGCCCUUCGUACGAAUGCUUGCUGGUGGUUGGUGAAGAUCUUUCCCAUGUUUCAUCUUUCAGUUUGAUUUCCGCACGCGUUGUGAAAAGUUCGACGGUGUCACAUCGGUGUGCCGUACAUUCACUUCGAUUUUACGGUCGGUGCUUGUGUGGGGAACGACCAUUCUCACGCUAUUUAGUCAUUAUGAACAGUGCAUCCGGUAGUGAAAGAGUUAGCAAUAGCAGAACAUGUGGAGGAGGAUCGUCCAGUGGCGGCAUGGGUGGUGUGGGUUCGAAUUUCCGCGUACCCAAAUGUGCCCGCUGCCGUAACCAUGGUGUCAUUUCGGGGUUGCGUGGCCAUAAGAAGCUAUGCUCGUACCGGAACUGUCGUUGUGCCAAGUGUGAGCUAAUACUGUCCCGGCAAAAGAUAAUGGCUGCACAGGUCGCCCUAAAACGACAGCAAGCAGUGGAAGAUGCUAUAGCCCUACGGUUAGCCUCGACCGAAACUGGAACACAGCUGGAGGUGUUACCGCCAGGUAAAAUUUACGGUAUGACCGUCACGAAACCCUGUCCCUCACCAUCACCCUCCUCCUCGACGGCCUCGGUUGAUGUUAUCUCAUCAACAUCAUCGGACGGUCUUAGUGGCUUCGAAACAACCGAAGAAGUACGUUUGGGUAGACCAAAAGCAACAGGAAACGUAACGGUGUCCCAAAAUGCGCUGGACAUGCUAGCCAAGCUGUUUCCACACCGCAAACGAUCCGUACUGGAACUGAUCCUUAAACGAUGCGAUUCUGACCUGCUAAAGGCGAUUGAACAGUGUAGCCAAACGCAGAAUAUUAGCGCCUUUAAACCACCAACCCCAGCAGCAGUCGCUGGAUCUGCGCCAAACACCAAUACUCCAAUGACCCAACCAUCGAUCAGUCCGACCGGCUAUUCCCCAUUCAUUGCAUAUCCAAAAUGGCUACUACCGAUGUCCAUACCGGUGUCUUUUAGUCACAUUGCACCUAACCUAGCGCCGCGAUGCACCCUUCCCAACUGCGUUAUGUGUGUCCAUCAUCCGAUGUAAUGCUCUCGUUUUUAUGCUAAUGGUUUAACUAUAUGUAAGAUUUGCAUUUUGACCUUUACAAAUAAAGAAAAUGCCUAAGAUUGUGAUUGGAUUACAUUGCAGUGGAUUAAAAUGUAAGAGAAACUGUGCAAAAUAAAUAUUUGUCUACGGAAGUUGACCUAGCAGGAACUAUUCCGACGAUAUUCGGUAUAAUUUGUUCAGUUGGAGGAAUUAAUAAAACACAUUUGUACAACAAAUUCUGUACGUUUUACUCCCUCACUAAACGCUUAGCAAUUGUCGCGUUUGCGAACGUGAUUCAGAAAAAAAUUGCGAAAAUCCAUGUAAAAACAAUUGCGAAAAGUCGCUAUAUGUGUAGUUUCAGCGAAAAAUCGCUAGUUGAAGCGCGACUUGACCCCACGAUAGUUUUCUGUAAUGGCGGCCAGGAUAGCCCGAUUUUGCUGGCAAUAGCAAGGUCGACAAAUACAAAUUCAAAAAUUAGAUCGGUUGAGUGUCAUUAAAUAUUGUAAAUUUAAAAAAAAAAACGGAGUGCCUUUUUACUU